AUGGCAGCGCGGCACGACGCCAAAGCUGUGGCCAAGCCCAUCUCCUUUGGGACGACUCAAGAACGGAAGAUGUUCCCGUACCACUGUGCCCCAGACAGGCUGGGCAUCGAGGGGCUGGGGGUGAGGGGCAGCCCCUCGCUGGGGCCAGGCUCCUACCUGGGGCCACAGAGUAACGUCCUGCAAUCAUCCGUGAGCAGCCGGCCCUUGAGCACCCUGGGCUACGUGGUGGGAGCCAGGACGGCCCCGCGCUUCCCGCAGAAGGCUCAGAGCGGCACUCCCGGCCCCGCCGCCUACGGGCCCUUCCCGGAGCAGCCGCGGCGCCCCCGGCCCGGCCCGGCCCCGGCCCCGUUCUGCUCCAGCAGCCCCCGCUUCCCCAACCGCCUCCUGGACCGCGACCGCUACCCGGGGCCUGGCACCUACGACAUCCCGGAGUCUCUCGGCAGGAAGGUGGCGUGGCCCGGCGCCUUCGGCGCUCCCGCGCGCGGCGCGCUGCCGCAGCCGGAGCCCAGGAUGGUGAAGAUGCAGGUGCAGAAGAUGACUGUGGAUAAAAAAUUCCAGAAGAACCAAGGCAGAGAGGCGUACCUGAAGCUGUACCACGGCUGA